UUUCCCUUUUCUCAGGACCGUCAGUCAGGCUCUCUGUCUCUAGGAUCCUCCUAAUGCAGUCUUCUGCACAGUCCUGGGGACCGACCGACUGAAUCACACCUCUGGGGCUGGGGGCUGCUGACAUGUGUGCCUUUCCUUGGCUGCUCCUUCUCCUGCUGCUCCAGGAGGGUGAGUGAGGCUGCCAGCUCCUGCACAGGAAUGUCCCCUUCCACCUCUGUUCCCUUGCCCCACUGGGUCUGGGCCAGCAAGACCCUUUCUUAGGGGUUGAAUAUGUCAGCUCUUCUGGAGUUACAAGGAGUAGGGUAUGUGGCUUCAGGGCAGGACCGAGAGACACCUGGGGAUAUGGAAGAAAGAGCAAUCCCAAGACGGCAAAGGAGAAGCCAAAGGAGACUCUGGAGAUUGUGUGGAUCCUGAGGAAGUGGUUGCGGUCCUUCAGGAGUCCAUCAGCCUCCCCCUGGAAAUACCACCCGAGGAAGAGAUUGAGAACAUUAUCUGGUCCUCUCACAAAAGUCUUGCCACUGUGGUGCCAGGGAAAGAGGGACAUCCAGCUACCAUCAUGGUGACCAAUCCACACUACCAGGGCCGAGUGAGCUUUCUGGACCCCAGCUAUUCCCUGCAUAUCAGCAAUCUGAGCUGGGAGGAUUCAGGGCUUUACCAAGCUCAAGUCAACCUGAGAACAUCCCAGAUCUCUACCAUGCAGCAGUACAAUCUACGUGUCUACCGACGGCUGUCAGAGCCCCAAAUCACUGUGAACUUUGAGAACUCUGGGGAAGGUGCCUGCAAUAUGUCCCUGGUGUGCUCUGUGGAGAAGGCAGGCAUGGAUGUGACCUACAGCUGGCUCUCCUGGGGGGACAGCGCUUAUACAUUCCAUGAAGGCCCUGUCCUCAGCACAUCCUGGAGGCCGGGGGACAGUGCCCUCUCCUACACCUGCAGAGCCAACAACCCCAUCAGCAACGUCAGUUCUCACCCCAUCCCUGCUGGGCCCUUCUGUGCAGAUCCUAACUAUGCUUCUGAGAAGCCUUCAACAGCCUUCUGCCUCCUGGCCAAGGGAUUGCUCGUCUUCUUGCUCUUGGUAAUUCUGGCCAUGGGGCUCUGGGUCAUCCGAGUCUAGAAAAGACACAAAAUGCCAAGGAUGAAGAAACUCAUGAGAAACAGAAUGAAAUUGAGGAAGGAGGCAAAGCCUGGCUCCAGCCCUGCCUGACUGCUCCUUGGGAACCCCAGUUCUGAGCUUGGUUUCUUCCCAGCACCCAGAUAAUCCUUCCUCAGCUCUCUUCUUUCCAGGGGAAGGAGGUGCUCAGGGGUGGGUAUCCAGAGAGCCAUACUUCUGAGGGAAGACUGGCUGGCAAUAAAGUCAAAUUAAGAGACAACAACUCUGCAGG